GCCAAACCACUUGGGGAUAGAAACAUAUAUCCACACACAUAGUGAGUAUACAUUUGUCUCCAAGGGCUGCAGCCUGGGCUAGUCCAUGACCGGCAGUCCGCGCAAACACCGUGCGCCUUUCCGACCACUCGAUACCUUCUCCACCGCCAAAAAGCCUGUCUUCAAAGCCCCUACUACUCCUGCUACGCCUGGCUUUUCCGACGAUAGCGACAUCCCCCGCGAGCAGUCUACUUCUUUGCUCGGCGACUCAAGCACUCUUUUCGACGACAUUGAGAGUCCCCCAACCCACGCACAGCAGCGAGAAACUCUCCAGGCCAGGCUCAAGAUGGUGCGAGAACGAGAGCCUCCGAUGGCCCAUCCUCCCCGCGAUGGAGCGGUCCCCCCACCAAAGCCCGUAAAUGACCUCAAGAACUCACAGCCGCAAUUUGGAGAAACCAGUCCCCUGCGGAACCCACUAAAGAAAGACCGCAACGAUCAGUUUUCACAUCUCUUCAAUAAGCCCAAGCCAGGGCAGAUGCGACCAGAACACAGUCAGACGACUAAACUACCCUCACAAUAUUCAGGUCCACCAAGGCCGUCUCAGGCCUCGAAGUCGAGUAUAGACACCCUCAAUCGCCCAUUCAAGGUCCCCUCGUCACAAUCGGGAUCGCGUUACAGCACAGCAUCUACUGAUUCUGACGUUUUUGAGAUCCCUGCUUCGAGCUUCCAGCCACGACCAUCCCAAGGCGGUCCCGUACCCAUUUCCAGACCCUACAAUGCUCCGGCAAAGACUACUCAUGCCGCACCCCGGCCAGUAUACUCGUCCAUGGGCCAUGCUGAUGACUUUCAGCCAUUGAACAAGGGCACACAUAACCCGCUGCAGCAAGCGCGUAAGACGAUCAUAUUGGAUGACGAAGAUGACUUUGAUCCAGAUGCGGUUAUUCGCAAAGAAGGAAGUCGCUUCGGUGAACCCGACAUGUAUGCAUAUGUCGACUCUGGCGCGGCGAGCGAAAAUAUCAAGGCGCUGUUAGAGGGGGCGUUUGAUGAAGAAAAUGAGAAGAUCCCAAGGAUGCGUCUUCGUAAGACGAAGAAGCGACAAGAGGAUAAGGCUACCGACUCCCUAGCCGACCGUCUCAAAGCACUCGAAGUCAAAGACGAAGAGACCAAGCCCGAAGUCGAAGCGGGACCCGAGGAAGAAGAGGAGGAUGACGGGACCGUCGAAGGCCUCAAAGUCAAACUCCUACCACAUCAAGUUGAUGGAGUGGCAUGGAUGAUUGAGAAAGAAACAGGCAACCAUAACAAGAAAGCCAAGCUUCCCAAGGGUGGUAUACUGGCAGAUGACAUGGGUCUCGGAAAGACUGUGCAGUCUCUUGCACUCCUGCUGUCAAAUCCGCGACCAGAGAAAGGCGUUGAACCAGAGAACAAGAAGAACAAGAUCUUGGAUUCCACAGGCAAGGGCACGCUCGUCGUCGCUCCCCUUGCACUCAUCAAGCAAUGGGAAUCCGAGAUCAAUUCCAAGGUCACAAAGUCGCACGCACUCAAGGUUCUCGUCCACCACGGCCCCAACCGUACAAAAUCAGCCGAUAAGCUCAAGCAAUACGAUGUCGUUAUUACAACAUACCAAGUCCUCGCCUCUGAGCAUGCUUCUUGUGGAGACGGCCCAGAUGGGCUCAAGAAGGGCUGUUUCGCUGUGAACUGGUACCGGAUGAUGCUGGAUGAGGCACAUACCAUCAAGAAUCGAAACGCCAAGAUGACAAAGGCCUGCUAUGCUGUCAACUCUCAUUAUCGCUGGUGUCUGACUGGUACGCCGAUGCAAAACAACAUUGAUGAACUGCAGAGCUUGAUCAGAUUCCUCCGUAUCCAACCCUAUUGCGAGCUGUCAUCAUGGAAGGACUCAAUAUCGGGUCCUAUGAAGAACGGUCGUGGUAAUCUGGCUAUGAAGCGUCUCCAAGUCUUUCUGCGAGCUUUCAUGAAGCGCCGCACGAAGGAUGUGCUGAAAAAAGAAGGUGGGCUCAAUUUUGGCGGAAAACCGAAGGAGGGUGAAGACAAGCCAGCUUUCCAUAUCGUUGCGCGAAACAUCGAAAACGUCAUAGGAGAGUUUACUGUAAAGGAGCGCACGUUCUACGACCGCCUGCGGGAUCGCACACAAGCCCGUCUCGAUGAGAUGAUGGGCGGCGAGAAGCAAGAUUACAUUGGAGCGUUGGUGUUGCUUCUCCGGUUGCGACAAGCGUGUGAUCACCCUAACUUGACGAAGAGCAACGUCAGGGCUGACAAGGACGCCUUGACCACAGGCUCAAAGUCGAGUGCUACUGCUGGUUUCCAGACUCCACGAAAACCUUCUGCAAGAGACGACGCCGACGAUCUUGCAGACUUGCUUGGUGGGCUCAGUGUUGCAACGAAGCGAUGUGAUAUUUGCCAAAACCACCUGAAUAGCGACAAUACCGCUGCGGGUGGUGUGCGUUGCAUUGAAUGUGAAGAGGACUUGAAUAUGUCAACGAAGAAGGAUAAGAAAAAGCAUCGCAAGCACAAGCACAAGAAUAGCAAAGACAAGAAGAAGCAUCGUCGACCAAAACCGAUUGUUGAGUCUGAUGAUGAUAACAAAGAAGAGGAGGAGAAGGAGGAGGAAGAGGAGACUGAAGAUGAAGAUGAGAAGCCAAAGGCAGCAGCCGCAAAAUCAGCUCGCAACCGCCGACUUGUAGUCGAUAGUGACGAUGAAGAAGAAGAGGGCGAGUGGCUCGUCCCAGAAGACCAAAGGAAUGUUGAGGACUUGGGAAAAGCUGGUGGAACCGACGAUGAGAAUGCUGAAGGCGGUGGUGAUACAUUAGCAUCUGUCGACUCUGAUGCAUCCGAGAGUGUAGACGAGAGCAGAAGCAAUUUGGAUUCGUUCAUCGUCCAUGAUACCGACAGCGAAGACGAAGCACCUGUUUCACGCAAGAAACUGGCCAAGAGACCACAGAAGCCUGUUGCAGUUGACUCUGAUGACGAAGCUGACAGCGAAACCGAGAGCGAGAGCGGAUCAGAUGAGUCGGGAUCCAAUUCAGGAUCAGAUGAUGAGGAUGCAUCAGAUUCUGAAACUUCAGAGUCCUCGUACAAUGCUUCUGAACUGACGCCCUCGACCAAGAUCCGACAGCUGUUGGCAAUUCUGGAGAAGGAGACGGAUGAGCACAAAGUCAUUGUCUUCUCACAGUUCACCUCAAUGCUUGACCUGAUUGAGCCUUUCCUCAAUCGCGCCGGCUACAACUUCACCCGUUAUGACGGUAGCAUGCGCAACGACCUCCGCGAAGCCAGUCUGCACAAGCUCCGAGAAGACAAGCGCACACGCGUCCUGCUAUGUAGUUUGAAAUGCGGUAGUCUCGGUCUCAACCUCACAGCCGCAAGCCGCGUAGUCAUCAUGGAGCCCUUCUGGAACCCCUUCGUAGAAGAACAAGCAAUCGACCGUGUCCACCGCCUCAACCAAACCGUCGACGUAACUGUCUACCGCCUCAGCAUCCAUAACUCGGUCGAAGAACGCAUCAUCGAGCUGCAAGAAGCAAAACGCAAGCUCGCCAAUGCCGCCAUCGAAGGCGGCAAAGCCAUGAAGAAUCUCACAAUGAAAGACAUGAUGGCGCUGUUUAGCCGCGAAAGCGAGUUCGAUCGCAGACAUUUUGACGAUGAUAGGGAGCAGGAAAUGAUUUAUGGUGUUAGAAGGGUGCUGAAUGCUGAGAAUGAUGCAGGUGAAGACACUACGGUUAGGAAGGCGAGAAAGGCGGGGAGUUUGGGAUUUAAGAGGACGGAGAGGAGGGAAGAGGGCGGAGCUUACGGACGGAGGUGAGGGAGGUGCUUGUAGAGAUGGGCGUUUUAGGGUAUUGGACGCGCUUGGGGUUCUUUGCCGCUUCAUGAGUAUGAUGAUGGUUACGAUUCGUUCUGUCUUGUAAAAUGUUAGGGAGUUGGGUUUUACUGUCUAAGAUCAAUACGAAUUUUCAUCUUG